AUGUCGCUUCUGAUGGUCAUCACCUUCAUGUUGUGUGUGGCGCCCGGCUGUGCGCAGUUCCCUCGGCCGUGCGCCACCCGGGAAGCUUUACGCACCAAGGAGUGCUGCCCGCCAUGGGACGGGGACGGCUCGCCCUGCGGAGCCAGCUCGGGCCGGGGCUCCUGCGAGGACGUGGAGGUGUCGCAGCAGCCUGACGGGCCGCAGUACCCCUUCUCCGGGGUGGAUGACAGGGAGAAGUGGCCCCUGGUGUUCUACAACCGGACGUGCCAGUGCGCAGGGAACUUCAUGGCCACCCAGUGA